AUUAAACAUAACCUUAACUUAAGAGUAAAAUUCAGCAUCGGAAACUUCAGUUUAUCAUGUUUAUUUUGAUGUGAGUUGUUUUCUAAUUGCUAGUGCUGAUCUUCAAACAGAGUCAACAGUGACCUAAUCGGGGAAAAGGGUUGGGAUAUAUCAGUUUAUUGUUGUGACUGUUUUGUUUUAAAGCAAUCAAUUUGCUAUGAACAUCAAGAAUAGAACUUUUUGCUCCUAAUAUACAAUAACCGAUUGUCAUUUUUUUACUUUUUUUGAUACCCAGAAUAAAUCACCAUCUAUUAUGAUAUUUAUUUUAUACCCUACCAAUAUAAAUGGAUAAAAAACGAUUAAGUUUGAAGAGUACCAACAAAGUUGCUGUUCGUAAGGAUUUAUUUGGAACAAAUGAUGCCAGAAAUGAUGAAUCUAGUAGUCAGUCUACAGAAAAUACACAAAGUCCAUUAAAAACAAUAUGGGGAGAAAGUAAUAGUUAUACAUAUAACCAGCCAACCUCAAACUCGUUAUUACUUUCACCUGCUCUAAAAAGAAGCCCUAACCGGUUCAGUACACCCCAAACACCAAUAAAAAGUCCUGGAACUCCCAGAAAGAAAACAACUCCACGAAAACUAAGCAAGUAUUCUCCAUUUAGAAAGAAGGUCCAUAAUCCCAAUCCAAAAGAGAGCAUAAAGAGGUUUUUCUGUGUUAAAGAAAGCAAUCCUGAAAACAAAAGUAGUCAACCUCAAAAAGCACUCCAAGGUAUUAAACCUUUACAAGAUGUUUGGGCUUCCUCUAGUUUGAGAACUACCUCAAAUAUGAACACAAAUAACUCUCAGUCACUUGUGGAGGGAAUGAGUUCCAAAGAGGAACAUACCGAAGAGAAUUCAUCUUCCUCAAUUUCUAUAAAUAAUACACCAGAAAAUAAAACACCAAACACCACUCCAAAGAAAAAUACUCCAACCAAGUUACCUGAAAAAAGCAAUAGUUCAACACCAGAAUCCACAAAGAAAUUAACUCUUUCAUCUUCAAAAAUUACAGGUUCAAAAGAUGUUUAUGGUACUUUUUUGUUGAGGAUUAUAAUGGAUAUAAUGAUAAAUGAUACUGAUCCUGAUGGCGUUAAGUUGUUCAGUGAUGAAGAGUAUGAUCAUAUCAAUACUUUUAAUCAAUUUGACCAACCGUCUCAGAGACUGUACGGACGUUUACUCAAUAGGAAACUUGAUUGGAUUAGAACCUCAACCAUGAAAUAUGGAGAUGUUAAUUUACAGUUGGAGCUAAUGCGGCAGAAUAAAUUCAUCACAUCGGAUUGCAGUAAUGAAAGUUUGGAAAACUUGCUUAAUUUACUCACAAUGCCAGAUUUGAAAAAACUAUGCAAGUCUUACAAAUUACCGGAAUCUGGUGUAAAAAGUGACUUGAUAUCAAGAAUUAUAGCAAGAGCCAGGCAGCCUUCUAUAAAAAAUUACUUUGCUCAGAACACAAAUAAUUCUUCAGGUGAAACCCUUCUUCGUGGCAAGAUUUAUGAGAUGCUAGGAGUAGUUAUCAAAGUGGAGAAUGGUCCAUGUCAAACAUUUUCCCGUUGCCUGCUGUUCUUCUCUUAUCCCCAUUUUCGUGGACUGGAGAGAGACAGAUUUUCAGAUCAACUGGCUCUUGUGAGUCAGGUUCGUAACUUGACCUUCCCCACAUACGAAAUCACGCGCACACAGAUUUUUCACUCCAGGGAACAUUUUUUAAGUUACGAAGCUGCAUUAAUUGAAUCAUCAGCAAUGACGGAAGCUAAAGAAGACAAGAACUGGGAUUUGGCUUUGAGUAGAGUGAGAAGCAUCUAUCAGAAAGUAAAAAGUUAUUUAGCAGAUGAACAAAUGAGGAAGGAGGUGGAAGCAAUGCCAGACUUUCUGCGGAGGUUCACAGCGGGUGGAUGCUAUGUGCGAGCGCUCGGUUCAGGCAUCAAAGUGCUGAAGAAGACAGAGCAAACACUAGGCGAGGCCGAGGCUUGCCUGCUACUGCUCCUCGACCAGAGGUUGUUCAGUCGACAUCGGAGAGGGGAGUGGUUCGAAGAGCUCGCUCUCCUGUACCAGCACAACUUAAAAGACAACGUUAAGGCCACACAAGCAGUGUUAAGAGGACUACGGGACGAGUAUAUUGAUUUAGUAUCGCGUCACACGCUGUGCGCACGGGCAGCUAUGCUGGAAGGCCGCAAGAAAAAUGGCCUUAAGGACUAUUUGAAGGAUGCAUUGGCAGCACAAAGGGGGCUUGUAGAGUCUCUAGAAGAACCUCCUUCUGUCACCAUAUCACAACAAAUGAUGAAUAGCUCCAGACCAGGAUUGAAACAAGUCUAUAUCCAAAAUUCUGCGGAUGGACAGAUGCUUAGUUCUGUGGAAGAGGUUGCCAGGGAACAUUUUAGACAACAAGGGUUCACAUAUGGUGCUCAUGAUGAGGGAGGAAUUAUCAAAUCACUGAUCUUUACUUGUUUCUGGAAUGAAAUCUAUGGAGAAACAAUGGCUGAUGGACAUGGGCUCUUCCAUUCUGAGUACCAGACUAUGCCCUUGGAUUGGAACAGCGAAACAUUCUAUGACAGGAGGAGAGAGAAAUUGAAGAGCAAGCUGCAAGACCUGGCAGAAGGUGGUGUCGAAGCUGUCAUAAGUGCAUUUCAAGAAUCAUGUGAAAACAACAUCAAUAAAGAAAGUGUGGUCAAUUGGAGCUAUAUUGACAACUAUGAAAUCACCAAGAGCUUGAUCAGAUCUAUUGAUAUUGACGUGUUUUUGAACCUGUCCCGACUACUUUUGCGUCACCACAGAACUUAUGGAGCUGGCUUUCCUGACCUUACACUGUGGGAUCCUAUAGAGCAUAAGUGUAUAUUUGUUGAGGUGAAAAGCCCCAACGAUCAGCUGUCAAUGAAACAACGAGUGUGGCUUCACAGUCUUAAUAAGAUGGGAGCCAAAGCACUUGUGUGCCAUGUGCAAUCUGUUGGGUGCAAGGGCCAGAAGAGGAGAGCAAGUCCAACCAGAGACUCUCAGUGAAGCUGUUGUUUAACUAAUUCACUUCGUGAAGUGUUUUUCGGAGUUCCCAAUUCAGAGGCUGUGAAUAUUAUUAGACUAUAUUUGAUCCAGUUGCACAAACGUGAAGAGAGUGUUCUCUGCUGUGAACAUUGAAUACAAAGUCGUUCUGUUCCAACCAUACCAUACCAUAGUACAAAAUUUGAAACUGUCUUUGAAUACAAUUAUGAAGCAUGUAGGCCUACUUGUAAAAAAUGUAUUUAUGGGGUAUUAGUUUUGUUUUAGAAAUAAUAGUGCCUUUUUAAAAAUAACAGUAGGUUAGAAGAAAUAUUAAAUUGAUUGUACCUCCUAAAUGUUGCUAAUAAUCAAAUUAUUAUCAAUCAUUUAAUUUGUACGGGGAUAGUAUUUUGAUAUAGUAAUGUUAUUAAAUAUGCUACACUCUAUUAAGCGUUAUAAGCUGUAGAGUUUGUAAUGACUGUAUUUUUUCUGUAAUAUGUAGAUGUACCAUUUCAUGAUUUGUUUGAAUUAGAUAUAUUUUUUAGGUUAAUGUUUAUUACACAAUUUAUCAAAUGUAUAUUAUUAUUAUGGAUAAUUUUAUCAGGAAAUGAUAUUUAUUUUUGUGUUUUAUAAUAAUAUAAUUUUAUUUUUAGUUUUUUGUUAUAGAAAUUAAACUAUUGUUAUUUAAUUUUGAAUUGUUUUUAUUUAUUUGAAUUUGCUGUUGUUUUGUAACAUGGAUUACAAAACUAAUGAUUACUAGGAGGCAAGCGUUUUAUACUGUUUUUAUUACAGUAAUCGAAAGCAAUACAACUAAACAGUCAAAGACCUGAAAUCUAGUCUCUAAAGGGGUUCAGCUUCGUUGGAAUAUCAGGGAAUACAAGGAAAAUUAAAGUCUCUAUUAUAAGUGAAAAUACAUAAAACAUUUUUUUUUAUACACAAAAUUACCAAGAGUGUGAAAAUCCUUAAUAUUACUCAAUUUAAAAACAAACAAUCCAAUAAUAAUCACUCAAUUUUAUUUCUGUGAGGCCUUUUGUUUUUAAAGAAAACAUCAUCAGACCCAUAUACUUGAAAUAAAUAUUUUUUUAAUUAAGUAAUCUAUUCCAAUAAGAAAGAAACUGGUACAAUGUAUUCCCUGUAUUGUGAAAAUUUGAGUAUUUUUUAUUAUUACCAAUAACUUUCUGCAUUCCUACAUGUAUCUUAGGCUUUCGAUAAAUCUGUUAGUCUGAUGUACUAUUCAAAAUUAAAUCUGUCUAACGCCA